UUUUGUUUUCUCCAUUUUAGUUUGCCUAAAGCUUGCUGGCUGCUGUGUAGGACUGGUGAGUGGCUGGGGUUGUCUGAGCCAUGAACAGCUUCAGGGCCACCAUCCUUCUCUGGGCAGUGGCAGCAUGGGCUAAAUCAGGCAAGCCUUUGGGAGAGAUGGAUGAAGUUGGAGUUCAAAAAUGCAAGAAUGCCUUGAAACUACCUGUCCUGGAAGUCCUACCUGGAGGGGGCUGGGACAAUCUGCGGAAUGUGGACAUGGGACGAGUUAUGGAAUUGACUUACACCAACUGCAGGACAACUGAGGAUGGACAGUAUAUCAUCCCUGAUGAAAUCUUCACCAUUCCCCAGAAACAGAGCAACCUGGAGAUGAACUCAGAAAUCCUGGAAUCCUGGGCAAAUUACCAGAGCAGCACCUCCUACUCCAUCAACACAGAACUCUCCCUUUUUUCCAAAGUCAAUGGCAAGUUUUCCACUGAGUUCCAGAGGAUGAAGACCCUCCAAGUGAAGGACCAAGCUAUAACUACCCGAGUUCAGGUAAGAAACCUCAUCUACACAGUCAAAAUCAACCCUACUUUAGAGCUAAGCUCAGGUUUUAGGAAGGAGCUCCUUGACAUCUCUGACCGUCUAGAGAACAACCAGACAAGGAUGGCCACCUACCUGGCAGAACUCCUGGUCCUCAACUAUGGCACCCACGUCAUCACCAGUGUGGAUGCUGGGGCUGCUCUUAUUCAGGAGGACCACCUCAGGGCCUCCUUCCUCCAAGACAGCCAGAGCAGUCAUAGUGCCGUGACCGCCUCUGCUGGACUUGCCUUCCAAAAUACCGUGAACUUCAAAUUUGAGGAAAACUAUACCUCGCAGAAUGUCCUCACCAAGAGCUACCUCUCAAACCGAACCAACUCCAGGGUGCAGAGCAUCGGAGGGGUUCCUUUUUACCCAGGCAUCACCCUCCGGGCCUGGCAGCAGGGUAUCACCAACCACCUGGUGGCCAUCGACCGCUCUGGCCUGCCACUGCAUUUCUUCAUCAACCCCAACAUGCUGCCUGACUUGCCAGGCCCCCUGGUGAAGAAGGUGUCAAAGACGGUGGAAACUGCUGUGAAGCGCUAUUACACAUUCAACACCUACCCUGGCUGCACAGAUCUCAAUUCUCCCAACUUCAAUUUUCAGGCCAACACUGAUGAUGGCUCCUGCGAGGGGAAAAUGACCAACUUCUCUUUCGGUGGGGUUUAUCAGGAAUGCACGCAGCUCUCAGGGAAUAGGGAUGUCCUCCUCUGCCAAAAGUUGGAGCAGAAGAAUCCACUCACUGGUGAUUUCUCCUGCCCCUCUGGCUACUCCCCGGUGCACCUGUUAUCCCAGAUCCACGAGGAGGGUUACAACCACCUGGAGUGUCAUCGAAAGUGCACUCUCCUCGUCUUCUGCAAGACAGUGUGUGAAGAUGUGUUCCAGGUGGCAAAGGCUGAAUUUAGGGCUUUUUGGUGUGUGGCCAGUAGCCAAGUACCUGAAAACUCAGGACUGCUUUUUGGGGGCCUCUUCAGCAGCAAGAGCAUAAACCCCAUGACAAAUGCGCAGUCAUGCCCAGCCGGCUACUUUCCACUGAGACUCUUUGAAAACCUCAAGGUAUGUGUUUCUCAGGACUAUGAGCUGGGAAGCAGGUUUGCGGUCCCCUUUGGCGGGUUCUUUAGCUGCACAGUUGGGAACUCCCUGGUAGAUCCUGCUAUAUCCAGAGAUUUAGGGGCACCAUCUCUGAAAAAGUGCCCCGGGGGCUUCAGCCAGCACCUAGCCCUCAUCAGCGAUGGAUGCCAAGUGUCCUAUUGUGUCAAAUCCGGGCUCUUUACAGGAGGGUCCCUGCCCCCUGCCAGGCUCCCACCUUUCACCCGGCCACCCCUCAUGAGUCAGGCUGCCACCAAUACUGUCAUAGUGACCAAUUCUGAGAAUGCGAGAUCCUGGAUUAAAGACUCCCAGACCCACCAGUGGAGGCUGGGAGAGCCGAUAGAGCUGCGGAGGGCCAUGAAUGUCAUCCACGGGGAUGGUGGUGGUCUGUCAGGAGGGGCUGCAGCUGGAGUCACAGUGGGGGUCACCACCAUUCUGGCUGUUGUUAUCACCCUGGCCAUCUACGGCACCCGGAAGUUCAAGAAGAAAGCAUAUCAGGCAAUUGAGGAAAGGCAGAGUUUGGUUCCAGGCACUGCAGCAGCUGGAGACACCACUUACCAAGAGCAGGGGCAGAGUCCAGCUUAAAUCUCUCCCCAAAAAUGGUUUCUCUCAUCUCCAGUGUGGUCAUUGCUGACCACUCUGUUUUCCUAAGCAUUGAAAUGGCAAGUGCAACCAAAAGUAGGUAUAUUCGUGACUUCUUGUUUUACGUCUCUGGGCCAGGAAAUUCAUACUGUUACAUGGAUAAGGGUGGGAUUGGGGAGAGGGAACAGUUGGGACUAGAAGCAAAAGCGAUUCUGGGACUAAAAUAGAAAGCAGAUGUCCUUUCCCAAUGUGUGUUGCUGUCUUCACCUGAAUGCAUUUGUGUAAAAAUAGCGGAGGGAGAAUGUGAACAUUUGUAUUUGGAAGCUAUGAAUUUACUCUGAAGUUUGCAGUUGUUUCCAAUUUGUGAGCUCUAAGAGUUUCUGCCUGUAAGAGCUACUCGCCCUUUAUUUUGAUUUUUAAAAAGCUGUCUGAAUUUCACACUCUUAGAGCCUGGAAGAGCCCUGAAAAGACAUAAGUCUUGCCUGGCUACUGCUUUUUAACUUUGAGGGCUCUAUGUUGACAGACUGUUAUCUCCUUGGGGUGACCUCAAACAUCUGAAAAGAAAGAUGUUGCCUGUGCCAAUUCCACUUUUUCCAGCUGCCCCAUGAUGAACACUCCCUUAUACCAGACCACUUUUGGACUUCUGACUAGUGUCAUCAAGUCCUCAGAAAAUAUUUUAAGUUAUAAACUUCUAUUAGUGGGUCAAAGAGGAAGGGAUGAUUUGGAGACAAGGAGUAAUGAAAGAUGGGUAAAAACUGAAAAAGAUUCUGGUGCUAAGUACUACCCCUUCAUCUUCCAUGGAUGGUCAUUACCUUUCCUGUACUCCUGUUCUAUGAACACACACACACACACACACCCCACAUUUCAAUGUCUUCAUUGUUCUAGGUCCUUACCUUUCCUGUCCCCGUUAUAUGAACACACACACACACACACACACACACACACACACACACACACAGUCUGCAUUGUUCUAGGUCCUUACCUUUCCUGUCCUCCUGUUAUAUGAACACACACACACACACACACACACACACACACACACCACAUUUCAAUGUCUGCAUUGUUCUGGGGGUAAAAAAGGCAAGAAGUAAGACCAUAUUUGAGUAUUACUUACUCUGUAGAAUCAAAACAGAAUAGUUAACACCAAUUAUGCAAGCUACUUUUUUUUCCAGCAGAAAGGGAGCUGACAUGAUCAAAUCCACGUUUUCAAAUGAACUGAAAAAGGCAUCCAGCACACUUAUAACACAUUUAUUUCAGUUCCAGGCUGAGAGCCCUGGGGCAUCUAGCAGGAUGCAUAAUUGUCAUCUGGCAAGAGUUGCGACUUUGCUCAAUUUUAAUACCAAUCUCUCCUGAUUGUAAUUACCUCCACCACUUUCAUGAUCCCCCUACAAUAUUUUUUUAAAUGAUAUAUUUAUUCACUGAAUCAAAUGUCAUUAAUGAGUUAUCUUCUGUGGAGGAUGACUGUUCCCUUUGUUAAUGUUCACAAUCAAAAUCUUGGGCUGAGAAGAGGCCCUUCACCCAAGGAGUUUGAAGCAUCACAGCGUGUGGGAAGGUGGGAACCAGGAUACCCAUUCAUUUCCAACUGAGACACAGAGAAGUGAGUCACAGAAUUUGAGCCCUGCUCUCUUGACUGCCCAGCCAGAGACACUGAUUUCUAUAACCUCUUCACUUGAUCCUGCCUCUUAAGCAUUAAAACAUUCUCCUAAACCUCUAAGUGUUUUGUGGGUUCUGGGUGUUUUGUACGUUUUAGCCAAGCUAACCACUUGUCUGCAAAUACUGACUUUCCUAUGAAUUCUUAGAAGAUUAUUGAGUCAGAAAGGGAAAUAUAGCCCCAAAUUCCCAGGCUUUUAAUGCACUAACUGCGUAUUGAAAUGAAAAGUUCCUUACAAACUUAUAUUCCUAAUAACAAAAUUGCACAUAAAUAUGCAGUAAAAUAUGAACUAAG